UUGACUGGUUAGAAACUUAAGAGGCACUGGCAGCUCCGCUUAAACUAGCCCCUUUCUCACCGCUUCGGAGCUCCGUUUAGGCCUCAAUUCCAUACCAAUCAUUAUCAGGCUGCCGGAUUCUGCUACUUCUAAGACAAACUUCUGGCCACGGAUGUCUAAUAACAGUAAUGAUAUGGAGAAUCCAAGACUUGGCACCAGCCAGAAAGGUCCAGAAGCUCCUACUCCCUCUGAUGAAGUCCAAACAAACUGGUACAGUUUUCUACUCCAGCAAGCCUCAGUCUAUGGUAUAGCUGCUGGUUACUGCAUAUCUGCAUCUUUGCUUUCCAUCAUCAACAAAUGGGCGGUCAUGAAAUUUCCUUAUCCUGGGGCAUUAACUGCUUUACAGUACUUCACAAGUGCAGCUGGGGUCCUCAUUUGUGGAUGGCUUAAUUUCAUUGAGCGUGACAAGCUUGACCUUUUAACCAUGUGGCGCUUCCUGCCUGCUGCAAUUAUAUUCUACCUUUCUCUUUUCACCAACAGUGAGCUCCUUCUCCAUGCCAAUGUUGACACAUUCAUUGUCUUCCGUUCUGCAGUUCCCAUAUUUGUUGCAAUAGGAGAGACCCUCUUCUUGCACCAGCCAUGGCCGUCAAUUAGAACAUGGGCCUCACUUGGCACUAUUUUUGGAGGAAGCGUGCUUUAUGUGCUAACAGAUUACCAGUUCACAGUCAUGGCUUAUAGCUGGGCUUUAGCUUACCUGGUAAGCAUGUCCAUAGAUUUUGUUUACAUAAAGCAUGUGGUCAUGACCAUCGGUUUGAAUACUUGGGGGCUCGUAUUGUACAACAAUCUUGAGGCUCUCCUACUAUUUCCUUUGGAGCUGCUUAUAAUGGGUGAAUUGAAGAAGAUAAAGCAUGAAAUCACGGAUGAGUCAGAUUGGUACUCUUUCCAGGUGGUUUUGCCAGUGGGGUUAUCAUGUUUGUUUGGUUUAUCAAUCUCUUUCUUUGGUUUUUCUUGCCGGAGGGCAAUUUCUGCAACCGGGUUUACUGUUCUUGGUAUAGUAAACAAGCUAUUAACGGUUGUGAUUAAUUUGGUCGUGUGGGACAAGCAUUCAACAUUUGUGGGAACAGUGGGGCUUUUGAUUUGUAUGCUUGGUGGGGUUAUGUAUCAGCAGUCUACAAGCAAAAAGCCUAAAGAGGCAAAAGAAGUAAAUGUACAAGAGACUGACGGGGAGCAACAAAAGUUACUUGAAAUGCAAAGCAACACAGAAAGUAACGGCAAUCAGAAGGAAGUUAUUGAAUCAAAAGUGGGGAAAUGAAAGGGCUUAUAUAAACCAGCAUCGUAAACUUCUUAUUGCUGUAAAAUUUAUUUCUUUGGUCCACCUUUAUUACUUGAAAAGCAAAGCAACACAGAAAGUAACGGCAAUCAGAAGGAAGUUAUUGAAUCAAAAGUGGGGAAAUGAAAGGGGCUUAUAUAAACCAGCAUCGUAAAAUUCUUAUUGCUGUAAAAUUUAUUUCUUUGGUCCACCUUUAGUGAUUGGAAAAUUCUUGAGUGUGGCAACUCUUGUCAUCUGAUAGACCUUAAAGAGGUUCAUUUCUGAAAGAAUACUACUGUCAAAGUGCAGGUUAAGGAUAGGUUCAGAUUGAUCCCUACUCAUUAUCAUCUGUAAUGGAAACUGAUUCUUUCAGUGGACCUGUUCGGCAGCACAAUUUGACAUAGAAUAUGUGGUGAGAUGUAAUACUUGCAUUAUUUUCAUUGUAAUCUCAGUAGUGUUGCGCCUUUGAUUUUAAUACUGAUGCAUUCUAGAAUGCAUCCAUCAGAUAGAGUGAACUUGGUUCAAUUUUAGUGAUUGGUAAAAUUCUCAUGGAUCUUAAAAUCCAAUUAAUCAAUAAUAUGAUUAUUCAUUGUUUUAUUCUUAUCAGAA